CAUAAUUUUUUUUUAAAUAAAUACUUUUUUUUACAGUUAAGCUUAAAUCAUACUAUGUUUGUUUAAUAAAAUGUUAACGGCUUAGCUAUAACAAUAAUAAUAUUUUUUAAUUCUUUUAAUGUGUUUUAAUUGAUAAAUAUGCGGUGUUGUGUUCAAAAUUGUACAAACGACACUCGAAGGACAACAAAAAGCCAUGGGAUUACGUUUCAUAUGUUUCCUAAAGAAACAAACUUAAGGACUGCGUGGAUAGAAGCUCUUGGAUUAUCCGAAUGGGAACCAAAGGAGAGAAGUGCGGUGUGUUCUGAACAUUUUCAACAAGAUGCCUUUUAUCAAACAAGAUGCGGUUUAAGGAAAGUCAAGAAUGGUGCCGUACCGCUCCCGCUUAUUGAAUCAUCUGAAAAUUUGGACGCCCCCGCCACUUUGAGGGUAUGCAGAAUUUGUCUGUCAAUGGACGUGAAGAUGUAUCACAUCAUGGAACACAGGCUGGACUCGAUGUACGAGCAAGUGACUGGCGUUUCGAUAAAUAUAGACGACAAGCUACCUCAGAAGUUAUGCUUCGAAUGCGUUGCGAGGUUAUCAUCCGCGAUAUCGUUUCGUACGAAGGCAUUGAAGACUCAGAGUAUACUCUUGAAGAAACUCGAUACCGACAGAUACAUAACAGUAAGAGAUAUAAAAUCAAUCAGCCGAGCUCAUAAUCAACUGAUAUCAACGCUCGGAGAAAAAGUUUACGAAGUGAAUGACUGCGAUUUACAAAUAAAUAACGAUGAAAUCGUCAAAAUAGAAAGAGAGACGAAGGAUGCGGAAGUAGACGAAGCGGAACUGCAAUUUAACGAUAACGAAAUUGAGAGCAAUGAUUAUAAAAACGUUGACGUUGAAAUCAAAGACGAGAGCAGCAAUGAGAUAUUCUUCGAAGAAUAUCCGGUUUUCGAAGACAGCGACGACGAUAGGACGCUCAGCGAAGUUUACAAGAAGAAGACGAAGGUUAAGAAAAAGAAAUUGAAGAUCGAGAAACAGAUAAAGGAAGUUAAAGAGAAAAAACGCAACGAGGAUGACAGCCCUUCAACUACAAUGGAUAAGUACAAGAAGUCGGACGUGAAACGUAGGAAAACGACAGACGGUCUCGACGAAUCGUUAUUCACGAUAACGACUCUGACGUACGAGGAACAAAUCGCGGAAGUCGAGCGCAGACAGGAAGCCACGUCGUACAAGAGCGCGCCGUUCAAGUGUACGACUUGCUACAGGGGUUUCCAGAUACGUGACAGAUACGACGCUCACAUCGUCAGGCAUAGCGAGCAAAGUGGGGCGUAUGAGUGCUUUAUAUGUAAGACGAGGUUAAAAACGGCCCGGGCGCUACGGAAGCACUUGACGGCGCAACAUACCGAGAAGUUUAGCUGCAAAGGGUGCCCGUUUGUGACGAGGAACAGAGGUGUCGCGCGGGAGCACGAGAAAUGGCACGCCGGCACCAAAUACCAAUGUCCGCAUUGUCCGAGUGAGUUCGAUAAGCUAACGACAUACAUGGGCCACAUACGAAUCAAACACGUGUCCGAUUUUGUCUGUGAACUCUGCGGUUACACGUUCGUCAGCAAGAAGGGAAUUGACGUCCACAAAAAGAAGAAACACAGAUUGGCCGAUAAAACGGUUAGUUUAGAAGGUCCGUACUGUGAAGUGUGCGAAGUUCGUUUCAUAUCCGAGGAAGCGCAUUCGAGGCACCUGAAGCUAUCAUCGAGGCACAGCAGCGACAAUGAUCCAAACCGAAUAAGGAACGAUUCGCAAAGUAUGAACACGGAGCGAAACGGCCGUAUCAUGAGGAAAAUCGAACGAAGACCCGUGAUACACCCGCGCUCGCCCACCACGGGCCACGGGGACGGCAGCGGAUCACCGGUCACGUGCGAGCAGUGCGGUAUCCAGCUGAGAGACUUACGACUGUACGCGCAACACUUCCGACGAGCUCACCCGGACAAGAACCGGACCAAGUACCCGGCCAUGAAGACGCCGUGCAUGUGCGAACAGUGCGGGAGAAUAUUUCAGAGUAUGGCCCUUUUAAAGGAUCAUAUGUGGGUCCACACGGGGGAGAAGCGUUUCAAAUGCGACCGCUGCGAGAAGAGUUUCACCCAGAAGACGAACCUCGUGUUCCACAUGCGCGUGCACAGCGCGACCAGGCCGACGUACGAGUGUCCGCUGUGCGGGAAGCACUUCGCGUUCUUCAACAACCGGAGACGUCAUAUGUUCAUCCACACGGGGCUGAAGCCGUUCAAGUGCGACACGUGCGGCAAGUGCUUCACGACGGCGGGCGAGCAGCGCGCGCACGUGGAGCACGUGCACCUCAAGAAGCCGUGGCCGCGCCGCGCGCGCGCGCGGCCCGAGCACGCGUGGCGCGCGCCGCCCGACGAGUAAUUUGUGACAAUCGACAAUGAAAACGUCGUAAUAAUUAAUGAAUAGCGAGACCAUAUUUGUAUUAUUUUAGAAAUGAACUCGAUAUUAGAAGUGAUUCUCAUAGUAUUAUUUAAUUAUUAUUUUUAUAUUUGAUAUUUUAAGAAGCGAUUGUAAUUAUUGGUGUUGCCAAUUAAUCUAAUGAUAUCUUCAGUAAUUAUUUAUUUUCAUACUGAAUUUCAUCAAAAUCGGUUCAGUGCUUUAAACGUGACAGCGUAAGAGACAUGCAGACAGUUAUCGCAUUUGUAAUAUUAUAUAAUCCAAUUCGUUAGAUAAAUUGGCACCGACUUAUCUAAAUUAAUAUUUAUA